GUUUUUUUGGGUGGCUCUGACCUGAGGAGCUUACAGUAUCUGUUAAACAAGCGCAUGGGAAGCAUCACAUAAAGCUCUCCCUGGAGCCCUGUGCGGCCUUGCUGCAGGGGGGUAAUGAUCUUUCAUCAACAGUUAAAGAAGAAUGGACGUUAACGAGGUGGCUGAACUUCUCCUCCCGGUGUAAAAAAAACAACAACAACAAAAAAAACGCUCGAUAAUGACAAUAGAAAAAAAAAGUGAGGCAGAGAUGUGACUGACACUUUGUGAGGAAGCUUCAGAAGCGGUGACAGCUCCAGGUUUUUGCCCGUGCAGGGGCACCAAGACGGACGAGGAAACCCCGAGGAUCAUCCAGGGCCUCCUUGUCCGAAUGACACCAGCAGGAGCCAACAGCCACACCGCUCUCCUCAGCUAGCGACGAGCUAAGCUAACCAAUGUCUUCCCCUGAAUUCGUGAUGAUUGUAAAUGGAUAACUCAGUUCGAGCAACUUUAUUCGAGAUGUGUGGGACUUGUUAAAGGAGUUCGCCGUGGCCGGAUGGACAUCCUUUUUGUGGUGGACUUUGUAAGUGACUGAAAACUGCGAAAGGUUCUCCAGCUGUCAUCACGAUGAAACGUCGUUGAUGGAUUCCCCCUUUCAGGUGUGGCAAAAGGCAUGAUGGAAGGACUUCAUAGUCAGGCUUUAAGCCUGGACCCACGCAGGCAGGAGCUGCUUGAGGCUCGCUUCACUGGAGUUGGUGUGACCAAGAGUUCAGCCAACAGUGAAUCAUCCAACCAGUCUCUGUGCAGCGCGGGAUCACUCAGUGACAAGGAGCUGGAGACACCAGAGAAGAAGGUCAAUGACCAGAGAAGGAAGAGAAAAGGAGACAUCUAUGACAGCAACAGCCAGGGAAAAGGGAGAGGACACAAAAUAAGUGAUUAUUUUGAGUUUGCUGGUAGCAGUGGCUCUGGCACCAGUCCUGCCCGGGGCAUCCCCAUGCUGGUGCGCUCCUAUCCACAGCAUUCACUGUCUAAUCCUCUGUUUCAGCACGGCAGUCCUUCGUCCACAGGCUCAGCCCACACAGACUCAUCAUCUUGCAGCUCUGUGAAGACGGCCCCCACACACUCCUGCUCCCACAAAGCCAUCCAGUCAGAACUGACGCUGCUGAAACUGACAGCGCUGGAGAAAGACAAGAACUCUGACCUGGAGAAGAAAGAGGGGAGGAUAGACGACCUGCUCAGGGCUAACUGUGACUUGAGGCGGCAGGUAGAUGAACAGCAGAAGAUGCUGGAGCGCUACAAGGAGCGGCUCAACAAGUGUGUGACCAUGAGCAAGAAGCUCCUGAUGGAGAAGUCGAAGCAGGAGAAGAUGGCGUGCAGGGACAAGAGCAUGCAGGACCGUCUGCGUCUGGGCCACUUCACCACCGUACGACACGGAGCCUCCUUCACUGAGCAGUGGACAGACGGUUACGCCUUCCAGAAUCUCAUCAAGCAGCAAGAGCGGAUCAACUCGCAGCGGGAGGACAUCGAGAGGCAGAGGAAGCUGCUGGGGAAGAGGAAACCUCCCUCCAUGGCCCAGACGCCUCCACCCAGCCUCGAACAGAACAAACGAAAGAGCAGGAGCAACGGCCAGGAGAAUGAAGCGUUAUCACUAGCAGAAUAUCAUGAGCAAGAGGAGAUUUUCAAACUUCGAAUUGGUCAUCUAAAGAAGGAAGAAGCUGAGAUCCAGGCAGAGCUGGAGCAUUUGGAGCGAGUGAGAAACUUGCACAUUCGAGAGCUGAAGAGAAUUCAUAACGAGGACAACUCGCAAUUUAAAGACCACCCCACACUGAACGACCGAUAUCUGCUAUUACAUUUACUUGGAAGAGGCGGCUUUAGUGAAGUAUUCAAGGCUUUUGAUGUGACAGAGCAAAGGUAUGUGGCCAUUAAAAUCCAUCAGCUCAACAAGAACUGGAGGGAGGAGAAGAAGCAAAACUACCACAAACACGCCUGUAGAGAGUACAGAAUCCACAAAGAACUUGACCACCCUAGAAUAGUCAAACUCUAUGACUAUUUCUCACUUGACACAGACUCGUUCUGCACAGUGCUGGAGUACUGCGAAGGCAAUGAUCUGGACUUCUACUUGAAGCAGAAUAAGCUGAUGACCGAAAAGGAGGGCCGCUCUAUCGUGAUGCAGAUUGUCAACGCCCUCAAGUACCUCAACCAGAUCCGCCCCCCCAUCAUCCACUACGACCUCAAGCCUGGAAACAUCCUGUUGGUUAACGGCACAGCUUGCGGAGAGAUAAAGAUCACAGAUUUUGGCUUGUCUAAGAUCAUGGAUGAUGACAGCUACAACUCUGCAGAUGGCAUGGAACUGACCUCACAAGGAGCAGGGACCUACUGGUAUUUACCUCCAGAGUGCUUUGUGGUAGGCAAGGAGCCCCCCAAAAUAUCCAAUAAGGUGGAUGUUUGGUCAGUGGGAGUCAUCUUCUACCAGUGUUUAUAUGGACGCAAGCCGUUCGGUCAUAACCAGUCGCAGCAGGAUAUCCUUCAAGAAAACACCAUAUUAAAAGCCACUGAUGUGCAGUUUCCCCCCAAACCUGUGGUCACCACAGAAGCAAAGGCCUUCAUUCGACGUUGCCUGGCCUAUCAUAAAGAGGACCGUGUGGACGUGCUGCAAUUGUCCAGCGACCCCUUCCUGAUGCCCCAUAUUCGAAAAGCCCUGGGCAGCAGCAGCGCACCCCUGGCACCUCCACUUCCCUCCACCUCCAGCUGCUAUGGCAGCAGUGCCUCCGACUGAAAACGAGCUGAAAGAAACCUGGAAUAAAACCCCAGCGCGGACAAAGCCACGCGGAGACAUUCACACACUCGACGAAUACUCCCCCUCUGCUCUCUCGAUCACAACAGAGCAAAGAGUAUGGCGGGAUGUAGCGAUCCUGAAAGUGUGAAUGGAACCAAAAUGAUGGAUGGUGAUGUAGUAGUAAAUAUGCCCACCACCACCUUCAUCCAAGUGGUAAAAAUGAAGGGCCAUUCUCUGGCUGUGGGCUCUGUAGAACCCAAAGAUUUGCCCAUAUGCAUGCACUAACAUGAAAACUUUGGCUCAUCUCACGGGGCUUUUUUUUUUUUACAUGAUAACUAGUAGAAGCACCCGAAAAAAAAUUGCACAACCGACAAGCAGAAGUACGCCAUGUGUGGCAGAUCACCCGCCUGUGCUUUGUGGGAGGUUUAGAAGAAGAAUUAAUGAAAUUUCAUCACAUUCUGCUUGAAAUGCAUCAUCUAUCAAACUAUUUUUCCGAACUAGAGUGGUCACUUUCACAUAUGUAUCCCUGUAAGGUGUGAACCUGGGACUUUAAGGAAGGGCUCCUACAUGUAAUAAGGAACGAUGACCAAAGUUUAAGGUUGAGGUUUGACACAGAAGAGGGCUGAUUCUGGAAAGAGUAACCCGUUUUGAGCUAUUUUAAAUAUUUUACUGGAUAACUGGAAAGUCAGCUUAUUAUUUUAAUUGUUAAGUCCAUAUUUUUCCAUGAAGAUUUUCCCCUCUGUUUUUGUUAACCUUAUAGGGGGGCUGACUAUGAGUGACUGUUGUGAUGAGAGUUAAGAUUCAACAGAAAUAUUAUGAAACAUUAAAAAAACAUUUGGUUAACUGUGGUGUCUUAUUUCAUUUAUUGUAAGCAGAAUCUCCACAAUGUUUUUUUUUCACAGCAUGAAACGUUUAUUAACUCAAAUCCCUCCAUUUAAAAAAUCCUUCUAACAGACAAAUUCAGGUGAUGGUGCAGAAUAUGAACACGAAGCUGUAUCACUGUACCUCUAAAUACAACAGUUGUACAUGUAAAGUAUGAUAACUGGAUUCAAAGUUAAAGAAAUACUGACACACUCCUGUUAAAUACUAAACUGUGACCCAAAAAA